AUGCUUCCGCGCUUGGGGCGACUCUUUCUUCUGCUUCUUGGGUUCAUCCUCGUCUUUGCCGUCCUGGGCGUGACUCUCUUUGCGGCUGACUACCAAGACCUCGACGAAGACAAUCCCGAGGAGGAUGUGCUUGAAGGCGCUUUUGACAACGUGCUCGUGGCGAGCCUUCGCAUGUUCGUCCUGUUCACCACCGAGAACUUUCCCAUGAUUACGCUGCCCGCCUGGAAAGACUCAAAAGCCAGCUUCGUCUACUUUUUUAUCUUUGUCUAUGCCGGAGUCGUCUUUUUGACUUCCAUCAUCUUAGCCCUGAUUGUCAGCUUUUACCUCGAGUAUGCCGAAGAACAAUUCUCCACCUUUAUGAAGGUCCUUCGACCCAAAGCGGAACGCCCAGAAAUGCGCUUCUACUUUGAGCUACUUGAUCGUGAUGGAAAUCGAAAGAUUGACCCCUUUGACUUUAUGGAUUUGCGAGAGAUUUUACAACUCACCGUCACGAAGCUGGAAGACAACGAGCAUCAAACCGACUGGCUAGUCAACCAUGAAUGGCGCCAUUUUGGGCAAAUGACCCUCACGCUGAGCAAUUCACUGCUGACCUGCAUCCUUUGGCGUGGCAUGUCACCACACCUUAUUGUGUCUGAAGGAUGGAAAGACUUUACGCGUCGCUUCUACAAGGCCAUGGAUUUGAGUUGUUGCAUUGCAGCUUGGGUCCUCUUGUUAGCGGCCAACCUGCGGGUCCAUGAAGCCAAUCUCCUGGCCGUUGUGGCAAACGUUUUGCUGUUUCUUCGCCUUACCUGGCUCUCCUCUGACGCUCGCUUUGGUCUCUUGCUACUCUACUGGGUCUCCGGUGUGAUCUUUCACUUGAGCUUGUUGAUGAUGGUUGUCAUGUACUUCUUUGGCGUGAUCGGUGUGGAAAUCUUUCACGAUUACGCCAAUACAGCUGACCAGGAUGACAUGUACUAUGACGUCUUUGGAUGUGAAACGGGCUUCAAAACGCUGGGCUGCGCACUGUUUGCGCUUUUCCAAACCCUAACGGGCAGUAACUGGCACGAUGCCAUGAACUCGGUCAUUGAGCUCGUGGGCUGGCGGGCCGCAGUCUUCUUCGUGGUCUUUUAUGUCUUUGUCAACAUGAUUCUGAUGGAUUUGCUUGUGGCCGUCACGAUUGAAAUGUUCAUUGGCUUCCGCAGCCGCUAUCAGGGGCUGACUGUGGAUGAUCUGCACAAGGCGUUUGUGGUCAUUCCUGAUGCCCCGCCACCACCGCCAGUUGACGAACCGGGCAUGAAUGGUGACAUGCUUUCGCGCGCCGUCUCUAGCGCUGCUGACACGCCAGAAACCAUGGGGAAUCUUUCCAAAGAGGCGCAGGAGCUGAUUCAGCGUGCCAGCAAGCAGGUGGAGGCACAUUACGCGGAAAGCCACCGCCGCCUAUCGCAUGUUUCGCGCGGGUCGCGCCGUUUCUCAACCAAAAGCCGCGUGAGCAUUCAGAGCCGCAGCAACGGCAGCAACAUAACAAGUGAAGAGCUGCCUGAUGAACCUUCCAUUGCAUGGAGAACCGAUGCCGACCCUUCGACAACAAGAGGGGCACAAGUCGGUGAGGUGGAGGAAACUAUGCCCAGCACGUCAGAACCAGGGCCCUCACCCCUGACCCCACGAGCCCUGCCAGUCCCAUCUGGCUCAGCAGUGCGCCGUAAUCGCAAGCCUAGUGAGAACGACGUGCUGCCCGCGCGCAACGACAGCCCUAAUUUGAGGGAGCCCAUUGUCAACAACAGCCCGGUUCCAGGUCACCCAACCACACGGCGCCCCCAGCGUUCGACCUCCUUUUCUCUUGUUUUGCAGCAGGAUCGGCGCCGGAGUAGUUUUUCCGGCACGGGACAACUGGCGGAGACUUUGCGCCGCGCACGGCACUCAGCUCAGGCAGAGUUGGAGCACAUACCCGCCUCCACUGCAUCCACUCUGUCGAAGCGAGAAACACGUCGCACUCCCGAUGGUGGCCAAAUCGAGAUUAUGGCAUGCAAGGACACGGGCAUUAUUCGACGAGAGCUGGCCCAACGCGCUUGGCGGGCACGAAGAUGGUUCGUCUUCCGUUUUCUGGCCGUGUUGCGCGCCAAAUUGGUUUGGAUGAAACUGAGCGUCAUCAACUCAUGCUCGCUUCUUCCCUCUCUCUCCAUCUCUCUCUCUCUCUCUCUCUCUCUCUCUCUCUCUCUCUCUCUCUCUCUGCGCACUUGUCUUUUUAACGCAGCCUUGACGGUCAUGGACACUAACGAUGUGGCCAAGCUGCAGAAGCUGGCCCACUUUGAUCUCGUUGGAAUGCACAAGCUGAAAGCUACGCUACGUCAUGAUUACAAUCGCGAACAUGCCCUUCAACGCCUCUUCCAGCCAAGUCGGCAGGAGCAAGAGUCUGCACGCGCGCUGAGCAAGAUCUCUCCCAUCCUGAACUGGUGGAUGAUUUCGCAGCUUAUACGCGAGCAUGAGGCAGCAGAUGAGGGAGACGGCACAUCGACCCUGAACCGAAGCACGGCCAAGAGCCCAACACAAGAGACCGAUUUGGACGAGGUUGCGCGAGAUAGUCAACCGAGCUCCCUUCACAGCAAUUCCAAUCGCCCACGUCUGCGUGGUUGCAAAAAGUGCCUACGCUCAUCCAACCCCUUGCACGUUCACAGAGACAACACUUCAACCAUGACGCUGCACAUGAUGCGAGAGAAUGUGCGAGUACGCGGCCCCGAGCAUGCGGAGGAAAUUGUGACCGUCGGCGGUGGAGGUGGCAUGGUAGAGGUGGCGACAACGGAGCGGCCCGACGUGAUUGACGAGCACGUGGGCCCGAUGCGUCGGAUUCCCGUUCAGAUGAGCUCACCACUGCACAUGGAGCUGUUGACCGAGUCAUCGGACGAAGCGCCUGAAUCUGAUCUUGAGAGAUCAAGUGAGCAUUUGACACGCCGAAUCACACGCAAGCGUACCGUGAAUAAACACGGCUUGCGACCCCCUGGACGCGCCCUAUCCCGCUCGCUGAGCGAGCGAAGGCGAAUUCUACUCAAAGCUGCGGCACACCAUCACAUGCACCAUGCAAUGCCGAAAGAAAUGCCGAGUCGCGACUUGCGCUGCGCGCUCUUUGACUUUUUUUACCGACAAUAG